UGUACAUUGAUGGAGCCGCUAAUCUAUGGCAGUCCGGCAGAGCUCUGCGAGGAAGCCACGCUGCGGGUCUGAACCGACGCUGCGAAAUCACACCGCCGGACGAUGGCAAGCCGGGCCACGGCUCGUCCGUAACCUGUACGCGCUGUAGAGAGACCCGGAGGACGUUGAACCCCAAACUGAAGGAAUGUGUCGUCUCACUGACACGGUCCAGUGAAGUAGCGUUAGGAGGUCACUUCAGAUGCUGACGGCUCCGCUGCCAAGUUUUACGCACUGAAUUUUGCGAUUACUCGCGGUAAUGAAGGUUUUGACUUGAAUGAAUGACGCCGCCGCGGAACAGGUUUCGUAGACAGAUAUUAUAUAUUUUACGGAAUUGGAAGAAGUAGUGAAUGUAAAAUUAUCGAAGCGUCCUCGCACAGGGAGACUUUGUCCAGAUAGAGCAUUUGGAAACAUUUUCUUUUUCUUUCUUUCUAUUUUUUUUUUUUUUAACUGUGGAUGUGAGUCUAGCGCAUCAGUUAAAACCCAGAAGACAGCAGCCGCGCUGUGGGGGGAGCAGGAUAACCGGGAGAUCCAGUUGAAAUGAAGAGAAACAUGUGAAGACCCUUGCAAAGCUUUGACCUGCAAGUUAACCUUCAACAACAAAGAGGCGAAGGUUUCUUCCCUGCUUCCCUUCAUCCAUUCUCUCCGCUUCCUCUGCACUUUCCUUGCAGGCCCGUUAAACAUGGAGGGCCGGCGGGCUGCACGCAGGACUUUAUCACCUGACCCUAAAGUAGGAGCUGUAGCUACUCUGCUAGGCUUCUGGCUGUUAGCGAUUCCUGCCUUGUGCAGUGGGCAGACAUUCACUAGUUUCCACCCCGAACGUCGGGACUGGGUGUUCAACCACCUGACGGUUCACCAGACCACAGGGGCAUUGUAUAUUGGAGCGGUCAACCGUGUGUACAAGCUCUCAGGCAACUUGACCCUCCUUGUUUCCCAUGAUACAGGCCCAGAGGAUGACAACAAGGCCUGCUACCCCCCUCUGAUUGUCCAGCCCUGUUCUGAGCCCCUUGUCUCUACCAACAACGUCAACAAGCUUCUCCUCAUUGAUUAUUCCCAAAAUCGGUUGCUGGCCUGCGGCAGCCUCUACCAGGGCGUCUGCAAACUCCUCAGACUGGAUGACCUCUUUAUCUUAGUGGAGCCCUCCCAUAAGAAGGAGCACUACCUCUCCAGUGUCAACCAGACUGGGACCAUGUAUGGGGUCAUUGUGCCUUCACAGGGCCAGGAUGGCACCCUGUUUAUUGGCACGGCAGUAGAUGGAAAACAGGAUUACUUUCCUACCAUCUCCAGUCGAAAGCUGCCACGUGACCCAGAAUCUUCUGCCAUGCUGGACUAUGAAUUGCACACUGACUUUGUGUCCUCUCUUAUCAAGAUACCAUCAGACACACUGGCGCUGGUCUCCCACUUUGAUAUUUAUUAUGUUUACGGCUUUGCCAGUGGCAGUUUUGUUUACUUCUUGACUGUCCAGCCUGAGACGCCGGAGAACAGCAUGUCAUCAAGUGGAUCCACCAGCGACCUCUUCUACACCUCUCGCAUUGUCCGCCUCUGCAAAGACGACCGCAAGUUUCACUCCUACGUCUCUCUCCCUGUUGGCUGUGUGAAAAACGGCGUGGAGUACCGGCUACUGCAGGCUGCCUACCUCGGCAAGCCGGGCCGCGUUCUCGCUGCCUCGCUCAACAUCAGCGCCCAAGAUGAUGUGCUCUUCACCAUCUUCUCUAAGGGCCAGAAGCAGUUCCAUCGCCCACCGGACGACUCAGCGCUCUGUGUCUUCACCAUCCGAGACAUCAAUGCACGAAUUAAGGAGCGCCUGCAGUCGUGCUACCAGGGAGAAGGAAACCUGGAGCUUAACUGGCUGCUUGGGAAAGAUGUUCAGUGCACCAAAGCGCCGGUGCCCAUUGACGACUCUUUCUGUGGUCUGGACAUCAACCAGCCACUCGGAGGUUCUCAGCUGGUGACCGGUCACACUCUCUACACUGAGACUCGGGACCGCAUGACUUCUGUCACUUCCUAUGUCUACAAUGGCUACUGUGUAGCCUUUGUGGGCACCAAGAGUGGACGGCUAAAGAAGAUUCGUGUCGACGGGCCUCCUUACGGUGGCGUCCAGUAUGAGACAAUAUCGGUCAUCAAGGACGGCAGCCCUAUCCUGCGAGAUAUGGCCUUCUCCCUUGACCGCAACUACCUCUACGUCAUGUCUGAGAGACAGGUUACCCAAGUUCCCAUCGAGUCAUGUGAGCAGUACGGGACCUGUGGGGAGUGUCUGAGCUCUGGAGACCCACACUGUGGCUGGUGUGUCCUGCAUAACAUCUGCUCUCAGAGGAACCGGUGUGAGCGUGCAGAUGAGCCUUAUCGUUUCGCCGCUUCUAUCAACCAAUGUGUGAAGGCCACGGUGUACCCAGACAGCAUUGCAGUGUCAGAACCCAGCGUACCUCUGCUGGUGAGGGUGAGCGAUGUUCCAGACCUUUCUGCAGGCAUCACCUGUUCUUUUGGCAACCUGACGGAGGUGGAGGGACAGGUCAAUGGCAACCAGAUACUCUGUGUGUCCCCUGCUGCCAAGGAUGUCCCACUCAUCCCCACCGACCAAGAUUGGUCCGGUGUUGAGCUGCGACUCAAUUCUAAGGAGACUGGUCAGAUGCUUAUCAGCACAGAGGUCAAGUUUUACAACUGCAGCGUCCACCAACUGUGCCUGUCAUGUGUGAACAGUGCCUUCCGCUGCCAUUGGUGCAAGUACCGCAACUUGUGUACCCAUGACCCCUCCAGCUGUUCCUUCCAGGAGGGACGAGUCAACACUUCUGAGGACUGUCCCCAGCUGGUGCGCUCUGAGGAGAUUCUGAUCCCAGCAGGAGAGGUGAAGCCUAUCACCCUGAAGGCCAGAAACCUGCCACAGCCUCAAUCUGGCCAGCGGGGCUAUGAGUGUGUCCUCCACAUCCAGGGGGUCAGCCACAGAGUCACUGCCCUCCGCUUCAAUAGCUCCAGCGUGCAGUGCCAGAACAGCUCGUAUCUGUACGAGGGAAUGAAAAUUAGUGAGCUGCCUGUGGAUUUCUCAGUGGUGUGGAACGGCAACUUCAUUAUUGAUAACCCGGAGAAUAUCCAAGUGCACCUGUACAAGUGUGCAGCCCAGCGAGACAGCUGCGGCAUGUGUCUGAAGGCAGAGAGGAAGUUCCAGUGUGGCUGGUGCAGCGGGGAGGGAAGGUGUACCCUGCGGCACCACUGCCCUCCCAUCAGCCCUUACACCACCCGCUGGCUGAAUCUGUCCAGCAAGAAUGUCAAGUGCACCAACCCACGCAUCACUGAGGUGACUCCAGUGGCCGGACCCCCAGAGGGAGGCACGCGGGUGACCAUCCAUGGCACGAACCUCGGUCUGGCCUUUUCAGACAUGGUGGGCAAUGUGCAGGUGGCAGGGGUAAGGUGUACCCCUGUAGAGGAUGGCUACAUCAUCGCUGAACAGAUUGUGUGCGAGAUGGACGCGGCUCCUACAGACAGUAAACCUGGUCCAGUCCAGCUGUGUGUGGGAGAGUGCAAACCAGAACUCAGGGCUCGCUCCUCACAACUCUACUCCUUUGUGACUCCCACAGUCACAGGUCUGUCCCCUAGCAGAGGUCCAGAGUCUGGGGGCACGAAAGUAACCAUAAUGGGAGAAAAUCUUGGUGCCGGCAGCAGUGUCAACGUUCAGUUUGGAAACCAGACAUGCGAGUUCUUUGGACGGACCAUGACGGAGAUAAUUUGCUACUCUGCCCCUUCUCUGUCCGGUGUCGGCCCGGUGCAGAUCAGCGUGAGCGUGGACCGUGCCCAAAUCAGGGAGAGCCUUACCUUCGAGUAUAUAGAAGACCCUACUGUCCAGCGUAUUGAACCAGACUGGAGCAUUGCAAGUGGGCACACCCCUCUAAUGGUCACAGGAACCAAUCUGGAUGUGGUUCAGGAGCCCAGGAUCCGAGUCAAGUACGCUGGCCGAGAGUCUGUUGAUGUGUGUAAAGUAUUGAACACCACCAGUAUGAGCUGCUUCGCCCCCUCCCUCAUGGCCGAAUACCAUCCAGGUUUGGACACGGUAAAGCACGCAGACGAGUUUGGGUUCAUCUUCAACAACGUCCAGGCGCUGCUGGUCUACAACAACACCAACCUCCUCUACUACCCGAACCCUUACUUUGAGCCCCUUAGCACCACUGGAGUCUUAGAGCAAAAACCAGGAUCGCCCAUCAUCCUCAAGGGCAGAAACCUGGUUCCCCCAGCAUCAGGAGGGGUGAAGCUUAACUACACGGUACUGAUUGGAGAGACUCCCUGCUCUGUCACUGUGUCUGAAAGCCAGCUGCUGUGUGAGCCACCCAAUCUCACUGGACAAUACAAAGUUAUGGUUCAAGUAGGCGGUCUCCACGUUUCUCCUGGCGCCGUCAACAUCAUGUCAGACAGCCUGCUGACCCUUCCAGCCAUUGUUAGUAUCGCCGCCGGUGGAGGCCUCCUCCUCAUCAUCGUCAUCCUCGUCCUCAUCGCCUACAAGCGGAAGUCACGUGAAAAUGACCUCACCCUCAAGCGCUUGCAGAUGCAAAUGGACAACCUGGAGUCACGGGUUGCCCUAGAGUGCAAAGAAGCCUUUGCCGAGCUACAGACAGACAUCAAUGAGCUGACCAGCGACCUGGACAGAGCUGGUAUCCCCCACCUGGACUACAGGACGUAUGCCAUGAGGGUCCUGUUCCCUGGCAUAGAAGACCACCCUGUCCUCAGAGAACUGGAGGUGUCAGGUAAUGGCCAGCAGAAUGUGGAGAAGGCCUUGAAGCUGUUUGGCCAGCUCAUCAACAACAAAGUGUUCCUGCUCACCUUCAUCCGAACGCUGGAAAUGCAGCGUUCUUUUUCCAUGAGGGACCGGGGCAACGUGGCCUCACUUAUCAUGACAGCCCUGCAGGGGCGACUGGAGUACGCCACCGACGUCCUCAAACACCUGCUGUCAGACCUCAUCGACCGCAACCUGGAAAGCAAAAACCACCCCAAACUGCUGCUGCGCAGAACAGAGUCGGUUGCAGAGAAGAUGCUCACAAACUGGUUCGCCUUCCUUCUUCACAAAUUCCUCAAGGAGUGUGCUGGGGAGCCUCUGUUCAUGCUGUACUGCGCCAUCAAGCAGCAGAUGGAAAAGGGGCCCAUCGAUGCCAUCACUGGAGAGGCCCGCUACUCCCUGAGCGAAGACAAGCUCAUCCGCCAGCAGAUUGAGUACAAAACCCUGAUCCUGAACUGUGUGAACCCAGACAAUGAAAACAGUCCGGAGAUUCCAGUAAAGGUGUUGAACUGCGACACCAUCACCCAAGUAAAGGAGAAGAUACUAGAUGCUGUUUACAAGAACAUGCCCUACUCUCAGCGGCCGCGUGCUGUGGACAUGGACCUCGAGUGGCGCCAGGGGCGAAUGGCUCGUGUGGUGUUGCAGGAUGAAGACAUCACCACCAAGAUAGAGAACGACUGGAAGAGACUCAACACUCUCAUGCACUACCAGGUGUCAGACCGCUGCGUUGUGGCUUUGGUGCCGAAACAGACCUCAUCGUACAACAUCCCUUCCUCAGCCAGCAUAUCACGCACCUCCAUCAGCAGAUAUGACUCGUCAUUCCGCUACACGGGCAGUCCCGACAGCCUUCGUUCACGUGCUCCCAUGAUCACCCCUGAUCUGGAAAGUGGUGUGAAGGUGUGGCAUCUGGUGAAGAACCACGAACACGGUGACCAGAAGGAAGGAGACCGCGGUAGCAAGAUGGUCUCCGAGAUUUAUCUGACCAGGCUACUCGCUACCAAGGGCACACUACAAAAAUUUGUUGACGAUCUGUUUGAGACGUUGUUCAGUACGGUUCACAGGGGGAGCUCUCUCCCCCUGGCCAUCAAAUACAUGUUUGACUUCCUGGAUGAGCAGGCAGACAAACAUGCCAUUCAUGACACAGACGUACGUCACACGUGGAAAAGCAACUGCCUUCCAUUGCGUUUCUGGGUGAACGUGAUCAAAAACCCUCAGUUUGUGUUUGACAUCCAUAAGAGCAGCAUCACGGACGCCUGUCUGUCUGUAGUAGCCCAGACCUUUAUGGAUUCUUGCUCCACAUCAGAGCACCGCCUGGGCAAAGACUCCCCUUCCAAUAAGCUGCUCUACGCUAAAGAUAUCCCCAAUUACAAGAGCUGGGUAGAGAGGUACUACGCCGACAUCAGCAGGCUGCCAUCCAUUAGUGACCAGGACAUGAAUGCCUAUUUGGCAGAACAGGCCAGACUCCACUCCACAGAGUUCAACAUGCUCAGUGCUCUCAAUGAGAUCUAUUCCUACGUCAGCAAGUACAGUGAGGAGAUCACAGCUGCAUUGGAGCAGGAUGAACAGGCAAGGAAGCAGAGGUUGGCCUACAAGGUGGAGCAGCUCAUCUCUGCUAUGUCCCUUGAGAGCUGAGAGUGACCCCUGCUGAAGGAGAGAGAGAGAGAGAGAACCACAGUCUCUACUGGACCUCCCAUAAUGGUCCCGCAUUACUUACCUCUCAUCGUGGGAAGCUACCACCACGAACCAGACCUGGGAUCUCUGUAUUCACAGCCGGACAGACAUACAACUGCAUUCAUUUGUAAUACUCGCUCUUUCCUUUCACGGCGGCACCAGCUAAGUGCCCACAGACUGCGACAGAGGCCCUGCAGCUGGAGCUGAUAAUGGCAUAAGGAAGGAACAGCAGCAGAGAAGGCAACAACAUGUCUUGUAUUUAUUUUUUUGUUUGUUUCUUUUUCUCAAAGGAAAUUUUCUCUCAGUUUGACAGGAAAUUGUAUGUUGUGCAUGUGUGUGUGUGUGUGCGUGCGUGUGCAUGCGUGCGUGAGUGUGUGUGUGUGUGUUUGUAUCAUACUAAGGAAGACUCCUGCAAAGACUGUGAGAGCAAAUGGAGAAACAGAUUUAUUCUCCACUCAGUCAGAAACUCACAUCUGAGUGUGAAGUGGAGACAAAAAGGCGAGAAGCACAGGAGCAGAUCUCGUGUUGGACAGCUGAGUUUGCAUUCAGAUUUCUCAGAUUUUAUUUUUGUACUUGUACAUUUGAAUAUUAUCAGUUGCAGUUGAAAUAACCACCCGGGAUGCUGUAAGUGUUGUUGUACAAAGACAUGAAGAGUGUAACACUCCAUCAGGGUGGUGUGGUAGUAUUACAGGCCAUGGUCCAUGUCUUCUCUCACUCCUUGCCUCCUCAGACUGAUGCUUCACGUGACACGGACGAAACGUCUGCUCUCCGUCCAAUCAGAAGUGUACAGGAAAUCAUGAAACCUGGGCUCAUCACCAAGAGUCAAAUGAACUCCACUCGUGGUGGUCACGGUUCAGCCAGCAUGCUUGCACCUAAACUGAGGAUGACAGAGACGAAGUCUGUAGUGUAUUUAGGAGAUGACCUUAAAUCAGCAUCACUCUGGUGUCCAAGGCUUUCUUCAGCAGUUCGGUCAUCUGUGUAUGUACUGGUCGAUACUUGCCAAUCAGUGUAUGUGAAUGUACAAAAUGUUUUUUUUUAUUUGUUGUUUGUUUGAUUGUAUGUCUUUUUGAGUUUUGCUAACAGAAAGCGGCUCAGUUGAACUGAGCUCCAUAGCUAUUUUCUGCAGCUCGUCGAGUGAACAGCUCCAUUUGUCCAUCCUGGCUCCAGCCCGUCCAGCUACUUCCCAAACAUUGUUUACCUUAAAUCACUUCUCGAAACUGGAGAGCGUGUAUCGUCUGCAUUGUGGCUGUCACAGCUAGCAGUUAGUAGAUACCAGGCAAGACCAGUUGGUGUCUGUAGGCUAAAACUCUCCAUUAUAUAUCCACUGUUUGUAUCCCUUUGGCAACUUGAUCAACUUUACGUGUUCUUUGCAUGCAUGCUGUCACACAUCAGAAGUGUUUAAUGGUCCAUCUUUGAUUUUAUCAAGUGCCAAUGGGCCAUGCCAGUUCUAGCUGGCCAGUUGAGAUGUUAGCUGAUGAGAGAUCUUACCCAACCACCACCCAUUUCUCCACACAGACAAUAAGAAGCCUAGCUGCGUGGGUCUAGUUUGACCAAGUGCCAAAAGAUCCUGUCGUUUCAGAUUCUUCACUAAUGUGUCAAAAAUCGGUUUAUGCUUUACAGAGAAGCUCUCAUAUUGGAAUGUGGAGCCGGUUAAUGUUGGAAGCUUGUAUAACUGGAAUGGCGAGUUUUAAAAAGUCACGAAAGGUACGAAACAUAAGCAGGAGAGACGAGAUCUCCGGAUGAGGAAGGAUUCAAGAGCGUGAAAAACACAGACAGAAGACAGAGUACUUUUCAUGUUCCGUGGAUGCGUCUCCUGACUUACACCAAACAGUCAGAUGCUAAAAGGCUGAUGUAACCUUCCAACCUUCUAGCUGGAUGACAACAAACUGUAGAUUCCGUCCUCUGGAUAGGUGGUUUCAUUUUCUUCCAAGAUAUAUAUUUGCUUGUUGUUUACAUCAAGUACUUGAAAAUAGGUAGUAUUAAAGGUUUGUACAGUGUACUGCAAUUGUGUGUGUUGAGAGCGUGACAAACACCAGGAGUGGGUGGAAGGUGCUUCUUUUCUCUGUGGCCUUAGAUACCCACCUGCUUACCGUUCCUGAUCUUAUUAGUCCUCGACUCGGGCACAGUCCUUUCAGUGCUUCGGAGCCCGGUGGUUUUUCAGUGAUACCUGGCCCAGGCACUCUGCUGCGAACUGUCUUAGCGAGAUAAAGUAAAGGGAAAGGUGAAGAGGGUACGGCCCGGCUCAGGCAGACAUUGCCUCGCUCAGCGCUCACUUUUCCUGAGCUGUUUGAAGAGAAGUGUCGAGAAACGAGGAGAGAGGGAGAGGUAGAAAGAGAGAGAACCCCUUUAGCUCUAGUUUCCUGCUCCGGCUUUGAAGCUGCUCUUUGAUCUGAGUCAGUUGUGUGCACAGUGUGAUCAGGAGAUGGAAAGAAAAAAAGAAAAAACAUCAAACUAGCAGGCAAGGAGAAAUGUAGGAUGAGGCGAUGAUUGACAUGCUAUUACUGAGCCCGGCCAGUGGGGGCAGAAGGGGUAAGAGUAGCCGUAAUUUGCUCCCUCAUCUGAAAAAGCACCUCCUCGCUCCCUAACCCCCCCCCCCAGUGAACAUCAAUGGGUACAAAAUGGCGCACAUACAGUACAUACACAAAACAUAAAGCUUCUUCCUUUUGAUUAAGGUGUCUUCCCAAUUUCAGCGAAUAGAAUUGUAUCCUCCUCAUACCUCACAUUGCUUGUAUGGAGUAAUGCUUUUUUGUUUUUGUUUUUUUUAUUUUAACAGGACCUAAAUGCCUUUUCCUUUUCCAAGGGAUGAAAUGUAUGUUUAUUAGAGUCCUUCCAGCUCUUAGAUGAGUUCCCCCUCUGUAUUCAGAAUUGUGACAAACAUAAUCAGAGGCACACAAAUUAGUUGAGAGUGGCUUUGAUUUUUUUUUUCUCUCAGAGAUCAUUUAUAUCAUUUCCUUUAGUCUUGUGUGAGAUUUUUGCAUGCAUUUUAAUUAAUGCUUUAGUUCUGCCUGGUAUUCCAUAUCAGUCUGCGUCGUCAUUAGUCUAACAGUAAUUCUUCCUCAAAGCCCAUUUGUACACGUCUUAAAUCACAGCUGAAUGCACCUUUUUUUGUGAAAGAGAUUUUUUUUUUGUUACUAAAUAAUAGCUUGUUUCCAUGCUGUGCACUCGUUUCUGGGAACCUUUUUAAUUCAGUUUGAACUGAGAAGAGGGAAGUCUGUUUACUCUUUCUGCAGCGCAGAAUCCCAUUUGACUGCCAGUUGUGAUGUGGAUAGAUGCUCAUAAAACACAACCUCAAUUCAGCUCGAGCUGAUCGCAAAUUGAAGAUGCUUUGUGCACUUUUUUGCUCUCGGUGUAACGUGUUGCCGAAGAGAUGGUGUUUUGUGGUUGUGACUGGCACAUGUCAUCAUUCCUUAUAUAUAAAACAAAGCUUUUUUUUGUUCGUUUUAUGGCAUCAGACAAAUGAACUGAAAUCCAGAUCGAUGUAUUAAUCUCAAGUCAAAAAUAUCACCAAGUAUAAAAUGAGUAUCCUUCCAUUUUAAACACAUUGUAAACAAACCCUUUGUAGACACUGGAGUUCUGUAAAAUAGUAAUUACUGGCAAUGAUGAUGAUGAUGAUGACGAUGAUGAUGAUAAUAAUGGCUGUCUGUUCUUCUUGUUUUUUAAAAGUGUUGUGGAAAUUGUAAGAAACUUAAAGUAUUUAAAAUAAGGUUGUUCUCUUGUUUUUUUAUUUGCUUUGGUUUUGUUAUGAUAAUAUAUUAUUGUGUACCUAUUGUAAAUAUGAAGCACACCUAUUUUGCAAGCCAAGGAUUCACUUUGUACUGUUGUUAUAUAUAAUUAAACUUUGCUGG